UCGUCCACCAUGGAAGGUGGAUACAGUUUCGCCGAGGGAGGCCCUAUCCCUCACGGUGAUCCGCACGCGCAAUCAUACACAGCAAACGUGCCGAAACCUCUCCAAUCCGCAACCAACGAUCUGUCGCAGAAGUUCAAGCCUCGCUUUGCCGAUGGCUCUGAGAUUCACUUGGACUCCUUGCCCUCGCUGGCCCGCCGCGCAGACCAAGAUCUGCUUGACUACCUGCAGAAGCGCAAGAUCUCGUUCCACUUUCUGAACGACAUUGAUGACUUCCUCAAGAGACACCCAGGUCUCUUGAAGGCUUGCCCGAAUUGGUGCUACCAGCUCAGCACUCUUCCUCCUCUGCAAGCCUAUCUCUUCUUCGUCAAAGGCUACCUGCGUCCCGCCAGAUACAUUGAUGGGGCGCUACCAGCCCCAGAGGAUGAACAGAUCCCUACUCGUCCCAUAUCGCUGGAGCAUCACUCGCACGAUCCUGAGCUCUACGAUCACAUCACUGAUAUUGGUCAAUGCUUGGAAUUGCUAGGCAGGUUGGAUGAAUUGGUUUGGCUACUAACACAGGCAUAUCACUCUGGUCACCCUCUCAACGAAGCGCAGAUUCUUCUGCUCACCAUGGCUACCUAUGCACAGCCCGUCGAUGUCCUCAAGUAUUACCAGUAUUGCUACUUGCCAAGCCUGCAGUCGAACAGGUAC